UAUAUUCCAGAUCCUCGUUUAUAAAGAGCGAAAAACCCCCAAAUUAGCGAAGUUUGAAACCCUAAUACUAAAAUUUUCGAAUGGCGGCGACAAUCAGCUUACGAAAGAGCAACACAAGGCUACCACCGGAAGUAAACCGUGUUCUAUACGUACGCAACUUACCAUUCAACAUCACCUCAGAAGAGAUGUACGAUAUUUUCGGAAAAUACGGCGCCAUUCGACAGAUACGUUUAGGAACGAACAAGGAUACACGUGGCACUGCUUUUGUGGUUUACGAAGAUAUAUAUGAUGCGAAAACAGCGGUGGAUCAUUUAUCUGGAUUUAACGUGGCGAACAGGUAUCUGAUCGUGUUGUAUUAUCAACAGGCGAAGAUGAGUAAGAAAUCAGAUCAGAAGAAGAACGAAGAACAACUUACUAAGCUUCAGGAGAAAUAUGGUGUCACUGCUAAAGAUCUUAAUAAGUGAGUCAUUCAGUUAACUAUUUUUAUUAUUGUUAUUGUUAUGUUUUGAUUAUGGAUGGAUGGAAUUCUAGGGUUUGUAUUUUGUAAUAUUCUGGAAUUUGGAUGGAUUUAUGAUAUGAUAUAAUCUUGUUUUCUGAA